CGAAGCUAGACAGGUCCCAGUGAGCGCAUCUCGCUACCACAGAGUCCCGGCAGCCCCGCAGAUAGAGCGGCCAGCGGGGGACGCCGCUCUCCCCGGGCUCGACACCAUAGAGUCCGGAGGCGCGUCGGAGCUGGAGUACUCCCCGCGGGCCAUCGCUGGACACCACAGAGCCCCGCGAGGCUGCGGACACCCCCCAGCUCGCGCUCGGCGGGGGAACCGCUCCGCUGCCCCCUUAAUUAGGGUGACGCGGCGCCGGAAUUGUGCCAGGCUGGGUCCUGAAGGAUGGAGCCCACGGAGUCAGCCCCGGCCCCGGAGGGGAGGAAGAGAUUCACCGUGCAGUCACAGGAUCCUGAACAUACCAUGGUGAGACCCAUCUUCAAAUCUUCUUGCUCUGCAGCAGAACCGAGGGCCCCUGCCCUGCCUGGGGCUACCUCCUAUGCCGAUUACGUCGUGGCACAGGUCUCUGUGUCCUCAGCCUCCAUGCCAGUCUCCCGGCCUGCCAGGAUGACAGCUGCGUCAUCGGGGUCCAGAGAGGGAGCUGCCUCAGGAGCGCUCCCUCCAGGCACUGAGGCCAGCACUGUACCCCCAGCUGCCAGUGGGGACUCGGACCCCAGCCCCACGCCGAAACCGGGGACCAAGAGCAACUGCAUCAUUGUCAGCGCUCGCCAGCGGGGGAACCCCAUCCUGAAAUUUGUGCGCAACGUUCCCUGGGAGUUUGGAGAGAUCGUCCCUGACUAUGUGCUGGGCCAGAGCACGUGUGCCCUCUUCCUGAGCCUGCGGUACCACAACCUGAACCCCAACUACAUCCAUGCGCGUCUGCAGCUCCUGGGGAAGACGUACGCAGUGCAGGUGCUGCUGGUGCAGGUCGAUGUGAAGGACCCACACCAGGCACUGAAGGAACUGGCCAAGAUGUGCAUCCUGGCCGACUGCACCCUCAUCCUGGCCUGGAGCCCCGAAGAGGCUGGACGCUACCUGGAAACGUACAAAGCCUAUGAGCAGAAACCAGCUGACCUGCUCAAGGAGAAGGUGGAUCAGGACUUCCUGUCCAUAGUGACAGAUUGUCUGACCAGCGUGAAGUCAGUUAACAAGACGGAUGCACUGAGCCUGCUCGCAACAUUUGGGUCUCUGGCGAACAUUGCACAAGCGUCCAAGGAGGAUCUCUCCCUCUGCCCAGGUAUUGGGCCCCAGAAGGCCAAGCGGCUCUUUGACACCCUCCACGAGCCCUUUCUGAAGAUCCCCAAAUGAGUGGAGCACUGCCAGCAGCACAGACAAGCAGGAAUAAACAGCCCCCCCCGCCCAGCAGGCCACGUGUCCCUGCCAGCGCGCCGUAUGCUGUCUGCCAGGAAGCCAGGGCCUUGGGGGACACUUAGCAGCACCAGGAACCAAAGCCCAGCUGUUUCUGAGUCUGGACUUUGACAAUUAAACAUUCUGUGCAGCAUCGCAGCUUGGCCUGGCCUCCAAACAGCAUCUCACGCGGGUUUGGCUCAUGGAGUCCUCUGCCCAAGCUGUGUAGGCCCACAGGGAGUGGGGGGCUCAUCAAACCUCACUGCGAGGGGCCAGAUAAUGGGUAAAGCAGAAACAUGGACACAGCCCCAUCUGGGCAGGAGUUUUUGGCAUCUAGGCUCCUCACAUCCUCCCGGGAGGGGUGCUGGCUGGCUCAGGAAUCUCAGCCUGGGGAGUGUGAGGGAGCUGCUCCAGUCCCCUCCACCCAAUGCACGGACAGCAUGUGUUGUAGCCUGCAGCCUCAGGGGCAUGCACUGCAGGAAUCCCUGCCAACCUGGCACUCCCUGCACAUAUGUGGGGGAGUCCCCUGCUGGGGACCCUCCCAGCCCUUCCCUUGCUCCACUGCCACAUGGGCAGCGAGCCCCUGGGAGGGAGCAG